AUGUUAGAGUUUCCUGAAACAUACUAUUUUAUUUAUGAUAAAACAAAAAUUGAUGAAUAUAAUACUCAAGCUACAAAUAAGCUUAUGGAAGAUUUAAUUGAAAAUAAUUUAUCCAGAGAUGAGGCAAUUGUUAAAUAUGCUCAAAACUUUUCAAAAAAAACCCAGUUAGAAAGAUUUUGGCAUCCAGUAACAUUUUAUUUUUAUGGAGAGGGUGGUGCAGGCAAAUCAAAUCUUGUUCAGAAGCUAUUUCAGUCAGAGUUGUAUCCUAAAUCUAAAAAGCAAAAAAAUGAGUCUUCGUGGUGGGUUGGUUAUCAAGAAGAAGCUUUUAAUUUUGAUCAAAAAAAUAUAGAUGAUGAAACAUCUGCACAAUAUUCAAAAUCUGAUUUUUGUGGUAUGAUUUGGGAUCUCAAAUAUGAUAAAUGCAAAUAUACUACUGAAAAUCUUAAAAAAAUUGUUCAAGAGCUUAAUAAAGAUAAACCAGAAGAAGUUAUAAUCAAAAAUAAUCAA